GAUGGGGACAGAGCCGGCAGAGCAGGUUUCUUGGGGCCCCUACUCUGGGGAUGAUGAUGAGGCAUAUUCGUCUGGGCCGUUGCCGGAGCUCUGCUACAAAGCUGAUGUCCAGGCUUUCAGCCGGGCCUUCCAACCCAGUGUUUCCCUGACGGUGGCUGCACUGGGUCUGGCCGGCAAUGGCCUAGUCCUGGCCACCCAUCUGGCGGCCAGACGCGCUGUCCGCUCCCCCACCUCUGCCCACCUGCUCCAACUGGCCCUGGCUGACCUCCUGCUGGCGCUGACCCUGCCCUUUGCAGCAGCCGGGGCUCUGCAGGGAUGGAGCCUGGGCAGUGCUACCUGCCGCGCCAUCUCUGGCCUCUACUCGGCCUCCUUCCACGCGGGCUUCCUCUUCCUGGCCUGUAUCAGCGCCGACCGAUAUAUGGCUAUAGCGCGAGCCCUCCCGGCUGGGCCGCGACCCUCUGCGUCCGGCCGCCCGCACUUGGUCUCAGUUAUCGUGUGGCUGUUAUCCUUGCUCCUGGCGCUGCCCGCGCUCCUCUUCAGCCGGGACGAGCAGCGGGAAGGCCAGCGGCGCUGCCGCCUCAUCUUCCCUGAGGGCCUCACACAGACAGUGAAGGGGACGAGCGCCGUCGCGCAGGUAGUCGUGGGCUUCGCGCUGCCGCUGGGGGUCAUGGCGGCCUGCUACGCCCUCCUGGGUCGCACGCUGUUGGCCGCCAGGGGGCCUGAGCGCCGGCGCGCGCUGCGCGUUGUGGUGGCCCUGGUGGCGGCCUUCGUCGUGCUGCAGCUGCCCUACAGCCUCGCCCUGCUGCUGGAUACUGCCGAUCUGCUAGCCGCCCGAGAGCGGAGCUGCCCGGCCAGCAAACGCAAGGAUCUGGCACUGUUGGUGACGAGCGGCUUGGCCCUGGCCCGCUGCGGUCUCAACCCCGUGCUCUACGCCUUUCUGGGACUGCGCUUCCGCCAGGACCUCCGGAGGCUGCUGCAAGGUGGGGGCUGCAGCCCAGGGCCUCAUACUCGCAGCCGCUGCCCGCGCCGGCCCCGCCUGUCUUCUUGCUCGGCUCCCACUGAGACCCACAGUUUCUCCUACUAGGACAACCAGGGCUGUGAAUCUAGAGGAGGGGUCGGGCUGAGGAAACUAUUCC